AAGAGUUCCACGUCAGCGACGUCGUUGCCACAUUCACCUAUCCCGAAGGCCCUGAGGUGCGCAAAUACUACCCGAGGUUCUACCACAAGACCGACAAGGUCGGCCGGCCAGUGUACUUUGAGCAGAUGGGCUUUAUCGACAUGAAGAAGCUCUUUGAGAUCACAACGCCAGAGAGGAUGAUCAAGGUCUAUGUGCGCGAGUAUGAAAAGUUCCUCAACUACCGACUGGCGGCAUGCUCGGCCAAGAAAGGCGUCAAGCUGGAGCAGAGCUGCACGAUCCUGGAUCUGAAAGGCGUGCCUCUCACGCAGUUUGGCGCGGUCAAGAAGCUCGUCAGCCAGGUGUCAGAGAUUGCCCAGAACUACUAUCCCGAGACCCUUGGCAAGAUGUUCAUCAUCAAUGCCCCGACCCUGUUUACGACGGUGUGGGCGGUGGUCAAGCUGAUGCUCGACGAGAACACGGUCAACAAGAUCUCGAUCCUCGGAUCCUCGUAUCAGAAGCAGCUGCUGGAGUGCAUCGACGCCGACUGUCUACCUGCCUCGUACGGCGGCACCUGCCGAUGCCCAAACGGCUGCGAGACCGGCGACGUUGGCCCAUGGAACGACGGCUCCGUGCCCGGGUUCCCCAAGCCCGAGUUUGAAGAUUAUACCCUCCGCGACAUGGCCAGCCGAGACACCCAGGCGUCAUCCUGAGGCGCCUGCGAUCUGCAGUCUGCAGUCUGCGCUCUGCACUGUGCUCCCCCCUGAUUCCCCGAAUGCUUCUGCCCGUUUGCUGCAACCGUUUGGAGGAGAGGCCAAAGCCACCGCCAUGCCAAUAGCCACUGCCACGCCAAAAUACAUGGCCGUCCUAUUUCUGCGGCCAGAAUCGAAGGAGGGGUGGGUGAGAUGCGCCGCGAGGCGUCCAGCAGAGGUUUGGAGUCGUGCGGCGGACUGCUAUCGGCUCCAUGAGGGAUGAUCGGAG